AUGUCUUCCGAGCAUGAUUACUCUCUUUCAACAAAGAUCCUCGCCGGAAUUCUAUCGCCCUGGUUCGCCUUUACACUCGUCUUUGGCGUGCUCUGCUUCUUCUACAUUGUCGUCUGGAAGCCCAGACUGCACCAUGCCUAUCCUUCUUGGCCAAAAUCGCCGGGCAUCUACCUCAGCUUACCGUACAAACGACGAAAGGCAUUCAAGAACGACCCGAUUGGCGAGUUGAACAGGAUUCGCAACCACCUGCCUGCGCCUGUCUUUUGGACAGACAUCGUACCGGCAUACAAGACGCUGACGAUUGUUAACAGCGACGCACUCAUUGUCCAGUUUCUCUCUUCCGAGCACAAGGAAGAGCUCUCUUGGGACGCGGCCACGCGCUACGCUUGGAACCAUCUAUUCAAAGAAGACUCGCCCUUUGGUCGCAGUGCAUCGUUCAAUGAAGCAUGCAGGCUGUGUCUUGCUGCUGGCUUUUCCAAGACAAGGACGACCAUGUCCUCUGCUUUGAAUAGAAUGAUUCUCAACUCGCUCGCGUCAUUGAUGGAACCUUUUGGCAACGGUAACCUCCAUGACAUCGUCGAUAGAAUUGUCUCGACUGCUCUGCUUACCAUUUUCAUUGGUGACACUCCAGCGAGCUUGGCGCAACCGUAUGACGAGCUGUGUCGACGACUCAGAGACGACCGGCAAGACAGCAAAGCCGAAGCGCGCCUAGCAGAACAGCUCCGUACUGAGCUUGACCACGCCGUUCAAUCAAGACUGGCCGAUCCGGAACUUUCGGCCAACGACGAUUACCUUGGAUUUAUACUCAGCGAUCAGAGUAGAGCACAAGGUAUGAGCCCGUUACCAUCGCACGCCACGUUGCAAGAGGCUGCACCUGGCGCGCCUUCUGUCGAGUCGUCCUCGGACAAUGCUGAACAGCUUGACGCGUUCACCAAGACUAAUGCCGUCAAGAAUUUACCGGAUCAUCUCUUGUCCGCUCUCCUGCAGACACGUAUGCUUGUCACAACUUGCAUCUUUUGGAAACUCUAUUCAGCGGCGACGCAGCACAGCACUGUUGGACCAGAUCCACUGCUCCUUGUCCGCCAAGCGACGGAGGAAACAUUGCUUGGAUCGACCGUCAUCCCCAAGGACGCUUUUGUCGCCAUCUGUACGGCUGGUGAGCUACAGGAGCCUAGCGAUAGGGACACUGGCAGUCACGGACGCUUGUCGCGGAACCAGUCAAGCACAGAGCUUGCUAGUCUUCCAACAGCAUACAGUUCUGGCAAUUUGUCAGACUUGACCACGAACGACACCUUGACUCUGCCCAACUCGGCAUCCUUUAGCAGUUUCAGCCCACUACUGCGAGGCCCUGGCGACAGGCGUGGCUCUCAAUCUAGCUCAUUCAAUGCCAAAGGAGAACCAGAAAGACAGAAUCUGCUUGCUAGUUACAGAUCCCGACAGGGCACUUGGCAACGCCAUUAUCCUCAAGGGCAUCUCAUCAGCUUGAUGGUCGGGUCCAUCUCAAAUGCACUGAGCCAGCAGCUCAUCAUCACGGGAUCAGGGGAGGUCAAAGCAAUUUAUAAUGGUGCGAGCAGCUUGUUCUUGCCACAGCCGUCUCUUGCUGUUGCAGUCAUCAAAGGGACCUCGCCCGUAUUGCAAGCGCCAGUAUCAUUUUACAGCGCAUCAAGAAGUAAUUCUACCUAUCUCGUGCCAGACAAGUCUGCCAUCAUCAGGGAAACGGCAGAAUGA